AUGGCUUUAAGGCUAUUUCGAAAAUCCAGUUUUUUUGCAAAGAUAUCAAUGGAAGGCCCUAAAGGUUCAUCGCCAUUUGCGUUUUACGCAUUUUAUCAACUUUAUUCGCACUUGAAUCCGGGGAAAUCGAGCAGCCUUUCUUUAGAAGAUAUUAGAAGAAGGCUAUACCCCGACUUUAAAAUAGAUUACAAUGAGAAAACUUCGUUGUUCAUAACUUGGAAGAAAAAGUCCAAUAAACAUCACACAAUAGACACUAACGAAGAGAAUUAUAUACUUAGAGGAUGUAUCGGUACAUUUGCUAAGAUGCCGAUUGCACAUGGUAUUGAGAAAUAUUCCUUGAUUGCUGCUUUAGAGGAUAGGAGAUUUUCUCCGAUCCAGAAAAGGGAAUUGGUGGACCUGAAAUGCAGUUGCAACAUCUUAGGCAACUUCAAAACUAUUUUUCGAGGUGGUGGUAAUCCAAAUGGGGACAUUUUCGAUUGGGAACUCGGAAAGCACGGUAUUGAACUGUAUUUUAAGCAUCCCAAAACAGGCACCACAUGUAGCGCAACCUUUUUACCUGAUGUUAUGCCUGAGCAACAUUGGAAUAAAGAAGAUACCUUUGCCAAUUUAAUCGAGAAGGCGGGUUACUGGGGCAAUAUUAGUGAAGUAAUGGAUAAUUUUGAAACUUAUUUCAUUGAAGUAAUAAGGUACGAGGGCAAAAAAAGUUCCAUAACUUAUGAGGAAUUUAACAAACAGUUAAAAGAUAUAGAGGCUUAG